GCCUUUAUCUGUGUCUUUGUCUAUGAUUCUGCCCUAACCUCUGCCGAAUUAGAAAUACAUAUUUUUCUAAUCCUAAUUACUGUUAAACGGAGUUGUUGUAUUAUUGUGUUUAGACGUGUAUUGUGUUGAAACUGUGCAAAACAAGCAUCGUAAUAGUGUAUCAACUUAAGCCCUUAAAGACAGUCAGCAGCGCGAAAAUGACUUUAUCCGUGGACAAAGCCCAACACGUGCUGCCCCUGGACCAACCGUUUGUAAAACUAGAAAUUCAGGCUGCUUUCAAUGGGCUCACUGAUCGGGAGAGGCUUUACGCCCAUCAUAUCAGCAAGGCCUCAUGGGUUGGAGGGCUUAUAACUCUGAUACAGACCAGCCCAGAAUCGGGCCCACUGUUUGUGCUUUUGCACAAGGUGCUUUCUUGUGAAAAGCCUGAACAAUUGAUGCAGAGUGCCAUUAAAGCUGGCUUUUCUGGGGACGAAGUCAAAGCCUUUUAUGUCUAUGCUGCUGGUGUUAUUGCCAAUUCUGGAAACUAUAAGGGUUUUGGUGAUACAAAAAUUAUUCCGGAUAUUGACCCAAACCGUUUAGAGCAGCUACUAUCAUUGAGUCUUAGCUGGCCAAGUAUCAGCGCUAUAUGGAACAGCAUUAAGCACGCAAUUUACGACUUGGGGCCUGGUAAGACUUGCCUUGGGUACCACCCCCAGGGAUGUUCGACUUAUAUUUCAAAAAAUGUCACUCCUGAAGAUACCACCAGUGUGCAGAACUGGAUGAAAUCGCGCAAAUUAGAAUGCUACAAUACCAGACUGUUUAAAACAGAAAAAAAUAAUAAAGUGUUUUACGAAAUUCGCAUGGCAUCGGAGGAGAAGAAGGAUCCAGAAGUGUUUGAGGACGGCGACGCCACUUACUGUAUCACCUAUGGCGACUAUUCGUCCUUAAUGGGCCAGGUUGCGAAGAACUUAGAAGCAGCCGUGCAAUUUGCGGCCAAUGACAUGGAGAGAAACAUGUUGGAAAGCUACGUAUCGUCAUUUAAAACUGGCUCUUUGGACGAUCAUAAAAAGGGUUCAAGAUACUGGAUCCAAGACAAAGGGCCAGCAGUAGAAACCUACAUCGGCUUCAUUGAGACCUAUAGAGAUCCUGCAGGAGUGCGAGCCGAAUUUGAGGGAUUUGUGGCUGCAGUUAACAGAGAAAUGUCCAGGAAGUUCACUACGCUGGUGUCUAACGCCGAAAGUUUCCUCAAACUCUUGCCAUGGACUCGAGAGCUGGAAAAGGACGAGUUUUUGAAGCCCGAUUUUACUUCUUUGGAUGUCCUCACGUUCGCUGGCAGUGGAAUUCCCGCAGGAAUCAAUAUUCCAAACUAUGACGACAUUCGGCAAACCGAGGGCUUUAAGAACGUUUCCCUUGGAAACGUAAUUCCUGCCAGUUAUCAGCAGUCAGUAACUCCGUUUCUAAGCCAGUCGGAUGCAGAUUUAUUGCAAAAAUGGCGAGUUCAUUCCUUUGAGCUGCAGGUCGGUCUUCACGAACUACUCGGUCAUGGAUCAGGCAAAUUGUUGCAAAAGGCUGCUGAUGGUACUACCAACUAUCCUCCAACUUUAUUGGAUCCUUUAACAGGCAAACCUCCUACUUCUUGGUACGAACCAGGAGACACCUACGAUACUCUCUUUGGCCCUCUGAGUUCCACCUACGAAGAAUGCAGGGCUGAAGCAGUCGGGCUGUAUUUGAGCGUGGAACCAGAAGUGCUGAAAAUAUUUGGGCAUGAAGGGAGUCAGGCUGAAGAAGUGCUGUAUGUCAACUGGCUGUCCUUGAUUUGGGGUGGGGCCGGGCGUGGUUUGGAGCUAUGGGAGCCUGGUCGAGGCUGGCUGCAGGCUCACGCACAGGCAAGAUACGUAUUGUCCCAAGUCCUAAUUGAGGCGGGUGUUGUAAAAGUAACCCAACCAAGCGAAGGCGACCUUCUGAUCACUCUGGACCGUUCGGCGAUUAAAGGAGCAGGCCGUUGCGCAAUUGGGCACUUCCUGCUGCAGCUGCAAGUUUUUAAAGCCACAGGAAACGUGAAAGCCGCCAAGGCAUUGUACGACCACUACUCUGAAGUGAACGAACCCUGGCUUGGUUGGAGAUCAAUUGUCUUGGAAAAAAAGCAGCCAAGAAAGAUCUUUGUUCAAGCAAAUACAACGGUGGAAAACUCAAAGGUGCAACUUAGAGAAUAUGGGGCUUCCAUCGAGGGGUUCAUCCAGUCCUGGGUGGAGCGUUUCGACAAUCCGGAGCAUAUUUACGAUGCCCUUUUGCAGCAGAGCAAAGCGGACGAGAUACAUUUCUGAAUUGUUUUUAGCAAAGAAUUACUUUAGAACGACUUCGUCGUUUUGUAAAAUUAAAAGUUUUGAUAACUCCUUA